AUGGCCCAGAUUUCCUCACAAGAACGUGAUUUUUUUAUUAAUGACGCAAAUCCAACGCCACUGUUUCGAGAUGGUAUUAGCGCGAUCCUUAAAGUUUAUAGUGGCGAUCCCAAGCUGGUUAAUAUCUACAAAAACUACAAAGAUGAUGGAUAUAAGCAAGCUAUUGAAGAUUAUUUUAAGUCAACGCCUGCUUCUGUUCUUGACAAGGAAAAGAACUAUAUUGAUAAAGCACUAACCAAGAAAACAGGAAAGGCGAUUCGAAAUCGCAUCGAUGAACUCCUUCCUAACGAUCAAGUAAAUCCGAAAAAACCUCGUCUAACGGAGCCUGUUAAUAAUAGAUCAUUGUCAAUUUCGGCCGAAUCAGAUGGUAAUACAUUAGACGAGUCUGAGCAAUUCGAUGCACGUAAUUUAUUGCCUAAGAAACGACCCCGAGUUCUUUAUUCUUGGGAAAAUGUCAUUAACAGGACCGAUAUAAGAAAUGACUCUCAAAAGGAUUGGAUCCUUGAUAAACAUAAUAUCUCUGCGGAUUUUCGUAAUUUUCAACUGUCAACAAUUCGAGAAAUUGAAAAGAAUCCUUUUCUAUCCUUUAAAACUGAUUUUCAUAAGAUUCUAACAGACAAAGCCAUUGUACAUCACCUGUACGAAAACAAUUUGGAAUCAAAUAUGUCGAAGACAAGUUCCUCUAAGUCUGCCAGCGGUGAUCCAAAACAUGAUUCUCGAAUAUUCAAAACUAUUGAAUGCAUUACCACUGGAAGAUAUUCUGAAAAUUUGAACUUCAAAACAAAUAAUGACAACGAAGAUACAUUCGUUCAUGACAUGUUGCACGAUUUACUGAAGGAAAUCUUUCGCGAUCCAAAUUUCGAGUUGCUCUGGGCGAAUAGCGAGAGCACUUCCUCAAAAAGCCGACGUUGUAUUAAUAAAGAAAAUUCGCGAGGUAAGAAGCCUGACUUUAAACUCUUGACAAAUACGAAUGAUGAGAUUCUCUUUGGUGAGGUCAAACCACCAAAAUGUAAAAACUCAUCUUUAUUAGUCUGUCAGGAUCUUAUCAAACUAGCGAAUUUUCAAUCUGGUACCUUGGACGAACUAAUCAAAAAAUAUGGAAAUAGGAUCGGGAUGGCAUCCUUUGGGGUGUGGAUUUGUGGAGCACAAAUCCACAUUUAUAAAAUGGAUUUAGAAUACGAUGGGUUAUACAGGAUGUAUUUGGUUGCAGACGUAGCUAUACCCACUCAGAAAUCCCAAUUCAUAAUUCUGGUGUCGCUAUUGGAAGCACUUUACACCAUCAAAGAUUCUGUUUCCAAUGUUUUGGAGAUAAUUACCUCAAACACGUCACCAAGUCAAUCUCGUUCUGAUUAUUGCAGAUUACCCCCUCCAGAACCUGUCAAAAUUACAAUUGUUGGGAAACCGAUAAUAAGUUAG